AUGCUUUUAAGCAAUCAGCCGGCAAAUGCCAAGCCACAGCCACAGCCGCCGUCGCCGACAGCGCCGCAAAGUUUCAAAGCCAAGUUGCAGCAACAAAUCGCAACAGCAGCAGCUGCAGCUGCUGCAGCGGCAGCAGCAACAACUAUUGCCAAUGGCCACAGCAACAACAGCAACCAUCAUCAACAGCAACAUCAUCAUCACCAUCAUCUGAACAAUCAUCAUCAUCAGCAUAAUAUUUCCUUUGCCACGGAUUUCUCAAUUGCCGCGAUUAUGGCGCGCGGCGGAAACGCCUCGAGCAGCCGCGAGCCAUCCGAAAGGAGUCUGAGUCCCUUGUCUGUGGAGCGCUACUCGACGCAGGAUGCGGACGAUGAUGUUGACGUUGACGUUGACGUGGUCGACUGCAGCGACAGCGAAACGCCAACGGCAGCAGCAGCAGCUGCCGCAGCAGCGGCGGCGGCGGCGACGGCAGCGGCGACAGCAGCAGCAGCAGCAGCCGCGCAGCAGCAUGCGCGUCAUGCAUUGCGUGUUGCACAACAACAACAACAGCAGCAGCAGCAGCAGCAGCGACAGCAGCCGCAUGCAACAGCCAACAAGCAGCGGCAACAACAACAACAACAACACAACAACAACAACAACAACAAUCACAGCAAAUCGAGCAGCCAUCGAGGGCGUGCCACGGCCACACCAAGUGCCGCCGCUGUGGCAGGCAGCACGCCCUCGCCCCCGCCCCCGUCUCGUGGCGCGCACAGCCCCAGCGAAGAUGAGCGCCUGUCGCCGGAGGAGCCCGCGCAGCUGCCGACGCCGAAAAUUCUUGGCACAUGCAACUGCGAUGAUCUCAUGCCCGUGCAAUGCCAUCUGGAGACUAAGGAGCUGUGGGAUAAAUUUCACGAGCUCGGCACCGAAAUGAUCAUCACCAAAACGGGCAGGCGCAUGUUCCCCACGGUGCGUGUGAGUUUCUCGGGCCCGCUGCGUCAAAUCCAACCGCCGGAUCGCUAUGCCGUCCUGCUGGACAUUGUGCCGCUGGACUCGAGACGGUAUCGGUAUGCGUAUCAUCGCAGCUCCUGGCUGGUGGCCGGCAAGGCGGAUCCGCCGCCUCCGGCACGCAUCUAUGCGCAUCCCGACAGCCCCUUGAGCCCGGAGGCGUUGCGCAAACAAGUCGUCUCCUUCGAGAAGGUGAAGCUGACAAAUAACGAAAUGGAUAAGAGCGGACAGGUCGUGCUGAAUUCAAUGCAUCGAUAUCAGCCACGCAUCCAUUUGGUGCGUCUGAGCCAUGGCCAAAGCAUACCCGGCAAUCCCAAGGAGCUGCAGGAUAUGGAUCAUAAAACCUUCGUGUUCCCGGAGACUGUAUUCACGGCCGUGACGGCCUAUCAGAAUCAAUUGAUUACAAAAUUGAAAAUCGAUUCGAAUCCGUUCGCCAAAGGAUUUCGCGAUUCGUCGCGUCUGACUGAUUUUGAUAGAGAUCCGAUGGACUCGUUCUUUUUCGAUCAGCACAUGCGCGCCGCACCGCUGCGCUUCUUUCCGGAUCCGCUGAUGGCGCAACUGACGCCGCAGGAGGCGGACGCCGCCUCGUUGGCGCUGCUGGAGAAGGCGCGACAGCAUUUGCAGAUGUUUGGCCGUUCGCCGUAUACGGAAAUGUUGCUGCCGCAUUUGUAUCAGCGCGCCGCGCCGCCCGCACCGCCGCCGCCGCCCACAUCGCUGGGCGCCUUUCAGCUGGGCAUGUGGCAGCAACAGUGGCCGCAGCUGACCGCCGGCUUUUUGGCCAGCGCCAAUCAGCAGGCGGCAUUUGCGGCCGCCGCAGCCGCGGCAGCUGGGGCCAGUCGCACGCCGCCGCCGCCGCAGUCGCAGUCGCAGUCGCAGUCGUUGCUGCAUGCACCGCCAGCGCCUGCCACGCCCACAUCAUCAUGCGGGUCAGCGUCGCCGGAUUUGCGGAUCAAGACGCAGCUGGGCCACUAUCCGCAGCGCUUCAGUCCGUAUCAGGUG